AUGCUCAUCGCCGCCUUACCGUUAGGCCUGGCGGCCUUCGCCUUUAUCCUCCAUUUGCAGGGUGAUUUCGACAUGUUAGACGACGGGCAGCCGCGGCUGCCCGGAUGGCAUCAGUUGCUCGGAAUUUGGGUAAUUUUCGUGCAUUCUUUUGUUAUUGCUAUACCCUCCUCGUUCGUCGCUUCCCUCUUCCCCCCGGUUGCCCCCUCCCCCUCCCCCCGCUUCCCCCCCUCCCACCCUCCCACCUCCUCAACCAUCCUGGUUCAUUGCUCGUAUUCUUUUCUUUCCGCUCUAUCCUCCUCGCUCGUAUCUACUUCUUUCUCCCCAUCGUCUUCCCUAGGGGCGUGGGUGCAUCCCCAUACUGCCGUUAUUCCUUUCUCAUCACUCUUAUCCUUCCCUUCGCCCACUCUCACCCAUUUUUCCCCCUUCUCACCGCUUCCCACCCCUUCCCCACCUACGCCCCCCUCUUCUCCUCUCUUCUCCUCCUCCCCCACCAACUCUCCGUUCUCCCCCCUCGUCCCCCAGGGUGUGACGGUGGUGCAGCGAACCAAGGAGCUGGAGGAUCAGCAGGCCAAGAGCCGGGUGUGGAACGAGACGUGGCUUGCAUUCUUCUUCUACAAGCCAUGCAACUACGAGCUCUUUGUGCGCCAGUCCCUCAACAUGGAGAUGGCUAUCGUCUUCGCCAGGGUGUUGGGCAUGGAUUGGAUAUUCCACGUGGACACGGAUGAGCUGCUGUACCCUGCAGGCACGGCUGACUUCUCCCUCCAGCGCCUCAUCCACGACCUGCCCAGCGACGUGGACCUUAUAGUCUUCCCAAACUAUGAGAGUGUGGUGGAAACAGCUGACGUGGGAGACUCAUUCACCGAGGUUUCACUGUUCAAAAAGAAUUACGACCAUGUUACAAGAGAAGCCUAUUUCGCCCAUUACAGGGAUGCAGCACACGGCAACCCCAACUACUUUCUCACCUACGGCAACGGCAAGUCAGGGGCGAAGAUGCAGGCUCACUUGAGGCCGAACGGGGCGCACCGGUGGCACAACUACAUGAAGGUGCCCAAGGAGGUGAAACUGAUGGAGGCGGCAGUGCUGCAUUUCACCUACACGCACUUCUCCGACCUCACGUCACGGAGGGACCGUUGUGGGUGCAAGCCCAACUCGGAGGAUGUGAAGAAAUGUUUUAUGCUCGACUUUGACCGCCUGGCCUUUAUCAUAGCAUCCACACAGACAGAAGAGCAGAUGUUCCAAUGGUAUAAGGACCAUGUGCUGUGGUCAGAUCGUGACAUGAUAGAGAAGCUGCUUAAGAAGGGGAUAUUCGGUCGCAUCCACACACCCCAGCUCAUUCUCCGCAGCAUAUACGCCACGGGCAUCAUCAACCGCACUUUGGAGGCAGCAGCAGAGAGAUGGAAGCGCCGCACCCAGCAGCAACGUUGUUUUCCCCUCAUCUCCCCCUUCUCCCCACCCUUGCAUCCCAUUCAGCUGAUCCUUCGCACCAUAUACGCCACGGUCAUCAUCAACCUCACUCUUGACUCGAGCUUCCUGAUAUAA